AUGGCGGAUUCCGAGCUCACCGCUCCUCCGCUGCAGCCACCUUUACUCAACACCUCGUCUCCUCGCGACAAGGAGCCAGAUGCGCUUGAACUCGAGAAACUGCAGAAGUGGCAGGAGGAGCGACUUGGCAGGAAGUUGCGGGGAGAGUAUGAAUCGGCCGUGCUGCAUCUCGCGGAAGUGAUUAACGACAACUUGACCACUCCUCUCCGCAUUGCGUCCGUGCGUGUUGAAGGCGCGGUCAGGACGCGCAAGUCAUUCCUGGCGACCCUCGUCACACCGUUUCUUCCUCAAUCUACGACCCCCUUCGACGAUACCAAGACGACACUCGGGGACGUGCUUCACACUACACGGCAUAUCGGGAACCUUUUGCAGGAAACCGAAAUCUUCCAAGCUGUGGAGGCGAAGUUGGAAACCAGUCGCGACCCCCUUGCACAGGCUGGGGACGUGGAUAUUGUCUUCAAGACGCGUGAGAAAGGCCGGUUCUAUCUAAAUACCAGUACACAACUAGGCAACAAUGAGGGUGGCGCAAGUGCGACCUGUCGCGUGCGGAACGCGUUCGGGGGCGCAGAGAUUUUCGAGGCGAAUCUUGCCUUUGCGACCAAAACACGCGUUGCAUUCAAUGCGGCUCUCUCCGCGCCGCUCACGCCCACCCUCAAGACUCGCGGCGAGCUCUCCGUGUUCGGCCUCGAGCGGGAUAACUCGAGCUUCGCGAGUAGCUCCGAGGGGCUGCGCGGUGUGCGCGCUGUUGUCAGGACAGGUGCGAUCCCCGUUGGAAUGCACGAAUUCGCGUAUGAGGCCGCGCUGCGGCAUGUAGGGAAUUUGACGCCAACGGCGUCCAUCAGCAUGCGGGAAGCUGCUGGUCAGAGCAUCAAAUCCGCGGUGUCGCAUUCGUGGGUUCGUGACACGCGCGACGAUAGGCUGCUUGGGACGCGCGGCUCGUACGUAAAGUUGUUUCAGGAACUAGCCGGCCUCGGGGGCGACGCGUCCUUCUACAAAGGCGAGGCUCAUACACAAUUAUCGCGUGCGCUGGCUCCUGGUAUCACCGUGUCAUUCGCGGCGCGAUCAGGUUUACUAUGGAACCUAGCGCGACCAGCGCCGUUCUCUGACCGCUUCCAGCUCGGUGGUCCAUUGAGUGUGCGCAUGUUCCGGGCCAAUGGGCUAGGAUCCCGUGACGGCCCUGACUCAUUGGGUGGAGACCUGUAUUGGGCGACGGGCGUGAGCCUAAUCACCGACAUCCCGUAUAAACCGGACUGGCCUGUGAAGACCCACUUCUUCGUGAACGCAGGGCGAUUAGAUGCAAUGGACAAAGCAAAAUCCCUCAAAGAUAACAUCAUGGAUAGCAUUAGCAAGCCAUCCAUCGCGGCGGGCGUGGGCCUCGUGUACAAGCUCGAUCCAGUACGUGUGGAGCUCAACUUCGGCGUCCCUCUGGUGGCGAGCAAGAGCGACGGGUUUAGAAAAGGCUUCCAGGCCGGGAUUGGGUUGGACUUCCUAUGA